AUUAUCUAUUUAAGUAUUCAAUGAUGGCUUAUAUGUCAAUAAAUUCUGGCACAACACGUAAAAUGUCUUUUGGAAAUGGAAAGAUGAAUGGAGUUGAGGGUAAAACUCCUUUUUUAAUUGGAGUUUCGGGUGGUACAGCAAGUGGAAAGUCAACCGUAUGUAAACGUAUAAUGGAAAAGUUGGGUCAAGUUGCCAUGGAUCAUAUACAACGACGAGUUGUUUGCAUAUCGCAAGAUAGUUUUUAUCGUGAACUUACACCAGCUGAGAAAUUAAAGGCCGAGAAAGGACAGUACAACUUUGAUCAUCCCGAUGCAUUCGAUAAUGAUAUGAUUUUGCUGACUCUGCAAGGUAUUCUUGCAGGCGUCAGAUGCCAAAUACCAGCAUAUGAUUACAGAACCAACAGUUUAAUAAAUAAUCAAGUAACAACAAUAUACCAUGCAGAUGUAGUUUUGUUCGAAGGAAUUCUAGUUUUUUACUUUCCUAAAAUAAGAGACUUAUUUCAUAUGAAGUUAUUCGUCGAUACAGACUCGGACACCAGAUUGGCUAGAAGGGUACCCAGAGAUAUAAAUGAAAGAGGGAGAGAUUUAGAUUAUGUGUUAAAUCAAUAUAUGAACUUUGUGAAACCAGCAUUUGAAGAGUUUUGUUUACCUACCAAAAAAUUUGCUGAUGUUAUUAUCCCUAGAGGAGCAGAUAAUACAGUGGCAAUAGAUCUAAUAGUGCACCACAUCUGGGACAUUUUACGCUUGAAAAAGGCUGAAAAAUCAACCGGGCAGCAUCCAUAGGCGUACUUUGGCUUCAUCCGACACACUCAGCAUAUGAUUUGAGAAAAUAACACACGAUGAAAUUAAUUACAUGCACUGCAUCUUUGCACUAGUAAACUGCAUAUUUCUUACGCAGUAACCUCGCAUCUGUUGCUUUUUAUACUUAUUAUGCUCGUUCUGUGCGUCUACAUGUAAUAAAUACUACAUACAUACGCACGCUCAUUCAUAUUAAGUCAAUGUUAUGUGCUUACACUUUUUACUUUAGAAAUGAUCAUCGUAAAUUAACCCAAAUAGUAUUUCUUUUUUUUAAACAGAUUGCAUUACAUUUAUACAAAGUAAUACUUCAUAAACCAUUUCUUUUCCAAACUAAUAUGAUGAAAACAGGUUUGAGAGAGAGAGAGAGAGAGAGAGAGAGAGAGAGAGAGAGAGAGAGAGAGAGAGAGAGAGAGAGAGAGAGAAAGAUAAAGAGAAAGAGAGAUAAAGAGAGCAUUUAAAAGUUUCUUAUAAAUGUUAGCUUUUAUUUUAUAUAUGGUAUGUUAUAUGUUUAUAUUACCGUCUAAUAGACAUGUGCACGUUUAUAUAUUUAUAAAUAAGGAUGUCAAAGUAUUACUACUUAGAAGAAAUAACUUUAAGUAUUUUAUACAUAUGUGUUCACGCUCUUACAAAUCGAUAUUAUGCACUCUCAUUUGUAAGAAUUAAAUUUUUACUUUAAUCAUGUUUAUCCAAUUUUGCAUAAUACAAUUAAUCAUGAAAUGUAAAUGAACAUAGUUAAGUAAAUUGUUACUUAAUAUUAUCAGUUUCAUAUAGAUUAGGAAUAUAAUAUUAUC